AUGUUUGUCGCCUCGACUCUUUUUUCAUCCUUGACUGCUUUCGCCUUUGAAGACUCUCAAACGGCCGGGAAAAGCGACAUUAUUGGAGCCGUUAUGCCUGUCGACACCUUGCUGGAGACUAGCCCGAUAGAUACAGAAGCGGGGGCUAAACUAACUACCACCUCAGAUAACGACAGUGUGAACGGUGCAACACCGUCACCCACUGUUCCUUUAGACACGUCUAUCGAGAUUGCAGAACAAACACAACUCCCCACAGACGAGCAUUCAGUCCAAACGCAAGUGAUUUUUAUUCCUGUGCCAUGUCACAAUUUCACGACACUAUCAGAGGUUCCGCCGAUGCCGUCUGCGCCGGAUGAUAUUUCUACCGAGGGCGUGGGGCAAGCAAAAUUCACCCCAGCCACUGGUGUUUCCAUCCCGGGAGUUGUUCAGCCACCUUUUCAAGAAUUUCCGGUCUCUUCAAACAAUGUAACUCCAGCGCCGAGCUUACCCACAGCAGAAGAUGAGCCAGUUUUUCCAGCAAUUGAGGAUUCUUUGGAUCAGCUAACUACAACGAGUGAUGAGACAGCACAUGUCAAUGCUCCGGAUCUACCGCUACCGCAGCUUGAUUCUGAAGCACCUUAUCCGCCGGAUGCAUCACAAACAUCUUUGAAACAGUCCGAGGAGACUCCAGAGGCAAUUGGCCACAUGGUGAGCUGUCAAGAUUCGAAGCUAGAGUUGACAGCUGACGAUAAUACAAGCUCCUCUCUCAUUGGAAGCAUACAAGAUACAUCGCAUCUUUCCACUGCUGUCAUGUACCAGAACAACGACUCUUCUCCUGAUGACGAAUUUCAAGCGGACUGA